AAUACAAAAUACAAAUAUUUACUUCCGACAAGUUUGAAAAGGUUGUUCAGGUUAAACUGAUUUUUUAAAAGGUAUUCAAGAAUGUCACUUGCUGGUGAUUUUUUGAAAUGCCUUGGAGGAUCUUUGUGAAGAUGUAUAAUAGCCUACAUCAUCUCUUUUAUUCUUACAAGUCAAAACUAUAUUCCAUCUAAGUUUGAAUUGAUGGGGUUAUUUUUUUUUCAUGGUUUUAUAAUUGGGCAACGGUUUAGCUAAUGAAGUUUCAACUUUAAAAAAAAUAAACUCAAGUUUCAGAAAUGCAAGAAUGACAGUUUCUGGUGAAGUUUGUACUGGAUAUUUUAAAUGCUUUAACAAACUAUGGACGGAUGAAGAACUGUGUGACUUUACAGUUCAAAUCUGUGACGUUUCAAUAAAAUGUCAUCGCGUCAUUCUUGGAGCGUGUUCACCAUUUUUUCUUGGACUGCUGAGAUCUGGAAUGAAAGAAGCCAACGAGGGACGUGUAGUUCUACAAGAUAUAUCAGUCUCCACCUUUCAGUUAAUCCUGAAAACUUUGUACACCGGUGAAGACGUGUUGAGUCUUGACAACUUCAUAGAAAUCUGGCACGCUGUAGAUAUGCUGCAGAUUGGAUUUCUUGUAGAGUUAUGUGAAACAUUUGCCGCUAAAAACAUAAAACUUGAAAAUUUUACUAGAAUCCUAUCCAGCGCUAAACUACUAGAUUCUAAAUCGGUGCUGACUUUAGUAAAAAAUUUCAUGGUCCAGAACAUUAAAGCUAUACACGAAACAAAACGCUUCGUGGAAAUAUCUAGUGAUGAAAUGCUUUGUUUGAUUGGCAGACAUGAUCUUAAUUUCACCAGCGAGUAUUCUGUUCUAGAGAUUGUUCUAGAUUGGAUAGAUUUCAAGGAUUCUCAGAUUGUAAAUAGCUGUACUGGAAACAAUAAAAAGUUAAAAACAACAGUUCCAUUAAAUACUUUACAGAAUUACAUAACUAGAUAUAUGCUGCGAAGCUGUCUAAAAGACGAUAUAGGGCCUGAAAACAAAUAUGAUGCAACCAACGAUGAACAAGAAGCAAAUCAACAAAAGAAUGAGAAUUCAAAACAAGCGGAUAGUUUAUGUUGCAUCUCGAAACCCAAAACUCAAGAAAAUCUCCGCAGUGAUAUAUUAGAUCAACUCAACAUCUUACUGAGUCACGUGAGAAUCUGUACCAUAAGCCCAGGUCUGCUAAUGAACUUUCUAGAACAUCGUAUCAUUAAACAGAACGAUACAGCCAGGCAAAUAAUCAUCUCAGCUAUUUUGAAGCAGGCGUCUUUUCGUCAUGGACAAUGGCCAACUGCAGGUAUCCACAGACAGUUUCACGAGUAUGGCAACUAUGGAGUUUACCUGUCACAUUUAAGUGUAUAUAUAUUAGACCCAUUCGAUGAAGAAAUGUAUAAACUGAAAUUACAUGCAGGGUAUUUACAUAAGGUUCAGCUGGUUUCAUUCGACAGUAAACUGUACGCCGCAGGAGAAAGCAUAUUCUGGUCAAACGACAGUAGUGUGUAUGUUUACAGUAAUAAUACCUGGAAACAUCUUACUGACAUACCAAAAAGUAAACUGUUAAUAGCAAGCAAUGAACAACACAUAUACAUUACAAGCGUCGUUAAUAACGUAAUUUAUCAAUUCGACCCAAAAAGUAAACCUCCAAUUAUGAUUCCAUUUUCAACUGUUCCAAAAGGAUAUGUUGCUAGACAGGUUAUGAGCUACCAAAUUUACCUUAUCUUUUUCUGUACUGAGAAAGUCAAUCGUAUCGAGACAACAGCCGUCCAUAUGCUAGACCUUCAGGAGAAAAGCUGGACAAGACUGGACAACCUCAAUGGACCAGCUGACAACAUCAUCAGUUUUCGUAACGACGACAACCACUUUGUGCUACAAACAAACGGCAACUUGUGGGUUUUGAAGAAAAACGAUGACAUCAUCACGUUCACUCGUGUAGCGAAACUAUGGAGACAGGAGUUAAUUCUAUACGGGGCUGUUGUUUACGGAGAAAAGUUGGUCAUCUCUUAUAAGAAUAGUGAAAAUAUUCCAAAAGACUCAUUUGUUUAUACACUAGACAACAUGUUUCUCACCAUCAUGUACUGGAAAAUACAAUCUUGCGGUUCAAAUUUUAUUCCCUGUGUCCUGAAUAAAUCAUAUCUAUCUGAAUAUUCAAACCACUUAGAUUAUGAUUCUUACUCUGAUUCCUCUGACUAAGUGACAAAACUCCAUUAAAAUGUGUAUUGAUAGCUUAUUUAAUGAAAAAAAAAUAUGUGCUUAGUUAAAUUAUUUAAAAUAAAUUUAGAUUAAGUGUUUUUUAAGUUGGUACGACGGACUUACUUCAGAAAACGUGGGAGUCUGUGAAUAUUUUGUAUUGACAUAAUCAGACUACCAAAAAUGUAUAGGCCCACAUCUUUUACUUGUUUCUUAAGAGCGCGUUAUUUAAGCAUUUUUAUACACCUGGAUUUUUCGCUUUUUCUUUGUGACUGCUGGUGUAUCGUAAUAUACAGCCAGUAUAUGAUAUAACGAUAUUUAUCCUGAAAAUUAUUUGAUUUCUUUUUUAAUUUUAAAAGGUUUACAAAUUUUUAACAAUUUCUAAAACAUUAUAUAUUGCUUAUGAGCUUAAGAUAUUUUGGUAAAAAACAUUACUUUU